AUGCCGGUCGUAGAAGAGCUUAACAACGAUAAUACUUCUAAACUACGUUCCCCUUCACCUACACCUUCUGAGACUCACUAUCAUUACCACUCAGUAGCGGUUCCUGUCCUUCACCAAGACAAAAUGUCUUCGGUCGGCAGAACAAUGUAUGCCGAGUCCGCUAUCUCACCAAGGGCACAUGAUCGCUUUUUUGAGGAUCGGAUGCGUAGGUACGGAGGUCAGGAGUACAUGCUAUCUCCAUCUCGGUCCGGUCCUAUAACUACAUAUCGUUAUAGAGAAGAAGGUGUACCGAGAUAUCGCCAGGUUGCCAAGUACUGUCCUCCAAAUGGCCGACGUUCAACAGGCGAUCUUGACCAUUUUCACGACUAUGACGACGAGUCAUUCCAUGCAGACCGCGAGCGAGAAAGAGAAUAUGAACGGGAGAAGCUUGCAUUAGCUCGGAGAGAUCAUUUUCACAGAGGAGGAAGACAUGAACACAUCUACGAAAAGGAUACCCUCGUCCUCGCACGGCCUCCUUCCCCUCCUCCUCCCAGGAUUAUCGAGCGGGAUACAAUCAUACUCGCUCCUCCAGCUCCAGCUCCACAGCCAGCUCCAGAGGUCGAUUAUGGCCGACAGAGGAAUCACCGUCAGAGGUACUACUACCACCAUCAUAGAAGUCAUCAUCGUUCCAAUAGUAUGUCAUCAGGAUCCAGCCGCUCUAGUAGACGCCACGCAAGGUUGGAAGCCGAACUACGAGAUGAGAGGGAACGUAACCUCGAAAUUCAGAUUCAGAGAGAACGAGAUAGGCGCUUUAGCCUCUCAGCCGGUGGUGGAAGCUUCGAUACGAGGGUUUCUGGCCCGCAUGUUGGUGACCUCGCCAUAGCUUAUCAAGGAAGACGUCAAUCCCGUUCUCCAUCCCCACGCCCACACCGCCUGGGUCUUGUCGCCGUUGGCAGACGUCAUAGCAGCAAUAGUGUCUUUUCUGAUGAAAGCCACCAUCAUGGCCGCAAGGCUGUGGCCGCUCUUGGGGCUACUGCCCUUGGCGCGGCUGCUCUUCACCACCACCACAGGAAGAACUCAAGGUCAAGAUCCAGAUCAAGAAGUAGCUCUAGAUCCUCUUCUCGACAUCGAUCAAGAUCCCGACUCGGAAAGGCUGCGGCUGGUGCUGCUGCUGCGGGUUAUAUGAUCCAUGAACACAACAAGCAUAAGCGGGAACGAGAGCGGGGUAGAACCAGGUCACGUUCCCACAGCAGGCUUCGUAAGGCGGCCGCAGCUACUGGUCUUGGCGCUGUAGCCGUUCACGAAAUCCGGAAACACAGAAGACAUUCUCAAGGAUAUGACUCUAGCUCAUCGUCUUCUAGGUCUCGGUCCCGAAGCGGUUCUCGAUCCCACUCCCGAGCUAAGAAAGCUGCCCUUGCUGCUGCAGCUAUCGGUGUCACUGCCGCCGCUAUCCAUCACCAUCGAAAGAACAGUGGGCCUGAGAAGACAGUUACCACUAUCGAACAUUACAGUUCCUCGGAUGGCAGCGAUACUGGAGGUGUUGGACGAAGACGACGCCGGAGAUCUCACUCUGCAAGAAAUGCAGCCGCUCUUGCUGCUGCAGCCGGCCUUGCCCACCAUGGGCUUAAGAAGCGACGUGAAUCCAGGUCUCGUUCUAGGUCUCGCAGCAGCUCUUCCUCGCGCUCUUCAGCCAAGUCCGGGAAGAAGAGCCACAAGCUCAGGAAUGCCGCCUUAGCAGCCGGAGUAGCUGGUCUUGCCAUUCACGAAAAACGCAAACACGACCGUGAAAAGGGAAAGCGCGAAUCCUCUGCUGAUAGCGCUGGCUCCGACCGCAGCAGAUCGAGAUCAAGAGCUCGAAGGUUAGCAGCGGCCGCUGGGCUUGGCGGUGUUGCCGCCGCCAUUGAUAGGCGUAGAGGAAGAUCGCAAUCUCCUUCGUCUCGCACUAGUUCGAGGUCGAGCUCGAGGUCAUCCUCAUCUGAACGUGAAGGCAAAGAAAAGAAACACAGAGGCCGAAAGGUUGCCGCCGCCGCGGGCCUUGCUGCUGCCGGCCUUGCUGCAAAGCACCAUUUCGAUAAGAAGAGAUCCCAAUCCCGAAAUAGCGGAUCAGAAUCCGAUUCCUCUUCUGAUUCCUCCUCUUCCUCAUCCAGCAGAUCCGAAGCUGCACGCCGACAUUCACGCCACAAGAAGGAGGCGAUUGCAGCAGGCGCUGCCGCUGCCGCCCUUGCAGCAAAGGUUGCCCAUGAUAACAGGAAGAAGAGCAAGGAACGUGCGACUUCUGAAGACAACACCGGCAGUCCAUCCGGAAAGAAUGUUCGGAUCCAAAGUGCCCCGACAACACCGGGAACCGAGAAUGCACCGAACCGCCCAGGCUUUCCCGGCUUGUUGAACCCACAAGCGCCUCGGAUGGCCCCGCAAUUUAGCGUUGGCUCCGGCACGACCGAGGAGAUUCCGCGCGCCGAGAUCCCAAUGCCCGUUCCUCCCGGUGGAUACGGCCCCAGCGAUCCUGCAGCAAAUACAAACCGAUAUCCCUCUGCAACAGGAUAUGUCCCGCCUCCACAGCCUCAAUACACUGGAUAUGUCCCACCUCCCCAACCUCAGUACGUUCCCGCACCUAGAUCAAUUUUAAAGAAUGGUUCUACGAGCAAUUAG